AUGAAGCUUACAUCAUUCUUGGCGGCAGUAGAAGCAAUUCUCAUCGCCAGUGCUUCUUUGGCAUUCGCUGGAGUGCUUCCUGCGAACCCGUCUUCAACUGAUAUUGACGACUUCAACGGAGAUGUAUCAAACUGCCUCGACGGAUUGUGCCACGGCUCUUUGGCUCUCGAGAUUCGCGGCAACAAGCUCACCAAACCUAAAAAGACUACUACUGCCAGAAAACCAGUGAAAACUAAUCCCCCGGAACCGAACAAGAUCGUCAAACCUAGGCCAACUACCAGCAGCAAAAAGCCAACGAAAACUGACCCCCCGAACCCGAACAAACUUUCUAAACCAAUCUCGAUCGAGGCCCUCCCUGUCCCACCUGGAAUUGAUGGGCCUUUGGAGAAGAAAUACUGGAAGGCCGUGGCAAAGCGUAUGGACAGCAAAGCCUUCAAAGGUCUAAAGGCAACAGACGAGAUGGCUCUGUACACCGGCGGCGCCGCAUGGGAAAGCAUGACAAAAUUUGAAAAAGCAUUCGAAAAGGCGUAUCCUGGUAGAACGAUGCGACAUUAUAUCAAUACUAUCAAGUCCGACGCGGUACUCCAGCAAAUGACAUUAGACUAUAAAGCCAAUGAGAACGGGAGGUCUUUCGGGCCCGACGCGGAUUUCAAAACUUUGCCAAAUGCUAUUGUAUCAUAUACUCUAGUAAUGUUGACGAGAUUCCGAGCGAAACCAGUACAUCUCUUUUUUUCAACUACGGAAGCCGCACAGGACGCCGCCAGAGGGGAAAUACCCAAAGGGCACUUGAAAUACUUUGAGAUCUUCCCCAUCACGAGUAAAGGUAGUAAGGUCACAGAGAUUUUCGCUUGGGACCUCCAAACUUACCAGGCCCAUCUCAAGAAAGGAAAGGCCUACAAGCCACCACGGAUCUGGAAGAAGGGAGAUAAACCAUUGGGAACUCCCAUCGAUUUCACCGUAGACUCUGAGAAAAGAGAGGGUGGGAAACCGGCUGCAGUCGCUGCUAGGUGGACACUUUAG